AUGAUCUCGUCUCACACGACAGAGCGCUCUCUGGUGGCGGAAGAAGUAGUGAAAGAUUUGGAGGACACGCGAGCAAAACAGGGUUGUAGUAGAAGCUUACAACCACUCUACCCGGAUUAUCUAAAUCCGUGCGUAAUAUCAACUCGGAUCUUUCUUGAGGAUAUGAGUGUGUGUGAUGGAGGACUGUGGAGACUGAGCAUCACCUUUUUGGCUGGCCUUCUGACUCUGCUCUGGAGACAGGAACAGCAGCAUGUUAUUCAUCCAGAAAAUCAGGAACAUGUUCGAGCGGUUCGACAACAGCUCCAGACAGAACAGGAUGAAAACUCUCAGUCAGAGGCGAGGCAGCAGUAUUACACAGACAUGUCUUGUCCUGUCUGUUUACAACAGGCUGUGCUGCCUGUAGAAACUAACUGUGGACACCUGUUUUGUGGUUCUUGCAUUAUUGCUUAUUGGAGAUAUGGGACAUGGUUAGGUGCCAUUCACUGUCCAAUCUGCAGACAAAUUGUCACAUUGCUCUUCCCAUUAUUUCAUGAACAUGCAACUCCUCAAAGGGUUCAAGAUGGAGAGGCCGAACCCCAACUUAUACUGCGAGACAUCAAUGACUAUAACCGCAGGUUUUCAGGCCAGCCAAGAUCUCUUAUGGAGAGGUUGCGAGAUGUGCCAACUCUGCUUCGUCACGCUUUCCGCGAGAUGUUUUCUGUCGGUGGUUUGUUCUGGAUGUUCAGAAUACGCAUCCUUCUGUGUCUGAUUGACAUUCCCCACAUGCCUGUCACCUGUGCAGACAUUCUCCACAUGCCUGUCACCUGUGCAGACAUUCUCCACAUGCCUGUCACCUGUGCAGACAUUCUCCACAUGCCUGUCACCUGUGCAGACAUUCUCCACAUGCCUGUCACCUGUGCAGACAUUCUCCACAUGCCUGUCACCUGUGCAGACAUUCUCCACAUGCCUGUCACCUGUGCAGACAUUCUCCACAUGCCUGUCACCUGUGCAGACAUUCUCCACAUGCCUGUCACCUGUGCAGACAUUCUCCACAUGCCUGUCACCUGUGCAGACAUUCUCCACAUGCCUGUCACCUGUGCAGACAUUCUCCACAUGCCUGUCACCUGUGCAGACAUUCUCCACAUGCCUGUCACCUGUGCAGACAUUCCCCACAUGCCUGUCACCUGUGCAGACAUUCUCCACAUGCCUGUCACCUGUGCAGACAUUCUCCACAUGCCUGUCACCUGUGCAGACAUUCUCCACAUGCCUGUCACCUGUGCAGACAUUCUCCACAUGCCUGUCACCUGUGCAGACAUUCCCCACAUGCCUGUCACCUGUGCAGACAUUCCCCACAUGCCUGUCACCUGUGCAGACAUUCUCCACAUGCCUGUCACCUGUGCAGACAUUCUCCACAUGCCUGUCACCUGUGCAGACAUUCCCCACAUGCCUGUCACCUGUGCAGACAUUCUCCACAUGCCUGUCACCUGUGCAGACAUUCCCCACAUGCCUGUCACCUGUGCAGACAUUCUCCACAUGCCUGUCACCUGUGCAGACAUUCCCCACAUGCCUGUCACCUGUGCAGACAUUCUCCACAUGCCUGUCACCUGUGCAGACAUUCUCCACAUGCCUGUCACCUGUGCAGACAUUCUCCACAUGCCUGUCACCUGUGCAGACAUUCUCCACAUGCCUGUCACCUGUGCAGACAUUCCCCACAUGCCUGUCACCUGUGCAGACAUUCUCCACAUGCCUGUCACCUGUGCAGACAUUCUCCACAUGCCUGUCACCUGUGCAGACAUUCUCCACAUGCCUGUCACCUGUGCAGACAUUCCCCACAUGCCUGUCACCUGUGCAGACAUUCCCCACAUGCCUGUCACCUGUGCAGACAUUCUCCACAUGCCUGUCACCUGUGCAGACAUUCUCCACAUGCCUGUCACCUGUGCAGACAUUCUCCACAUGCCUGUCACCUGUGCAGACACUCCUGACCCUUUGACUAGUGGUUAA